AUGGAGCGAGUUAGGAAAACCUUCUUCGACCCUCUGGCCACGUCCAAGGCUCAGAUUCGGGAGAUUCUAGCGACACUUCCAGUCGGCUCUGCGCAUCCCUUCAGUCCUGAGCAAAUUCUUCUUUGUCGAACAGAGAGCGGCAUUGAUGAAAUCGAUGUCUCUUCCUACCCAGAAGACUUCUUUUUCAACGGCGUCGAUUUGGGGGAGAUGGGAGAGACUCUUUUAAGGCGAAUGGCUGUCUUCCGGAAUCAUCUGAGUGUUUUUGAGGAUUUCCAGAUUCAGCAGGCACCGGCUUCAACAUUCAAGAUCCCAAUAGUCUCCGGUGAAAUCACCAUCUUGGCAGUCUCAGAAAGAACCCCAACUUACUAUGAUUUCUGCUUCGCCGAUGAAUCAUGCAACACUUGUUGCUGGAUUGCACAAAAUACGUUUGCGGGCAUAGUUCAUAGCGGCGAUAUCACGAGUGGAAAUGACUUGCUGGAUUAUGUUAGAAUCAACAGUGAAUCUCUCACAACGAAGGAAAUCUGCGUUUUCAUAUCUGGCUACCGUUCUACAAAAAUCACAAGAUUUCUAGGAACAAACCCAGCAUUGCUCAUUGCCAAUCAUGUGGAUAAGGUUCUCUAUAUCAUCCCUGUACCGCUGGACGCAGCAACAAUUGGAGACGCGACUAUCUGUUGCCCAUUGGUGAUAAAGCGCGAUGGGGACUCGCUAGUCUGUUCAAUACUGUCAACUGCAACCACAGACCGAGAAAUGAUGUGCUCUGGCGACAGGUUGGUGAGCCCUGCUUUCCCGGAGGCAAUAAGACGGGCCGAUUUUACCGUAUCUGUACCACAGCCAACUAUCACACAAGCUCCAAAGUCGCUUCCAAUCGAAGACACAGAGUCGGACUCGGAAAGCCUGCGCAAUAUUAUUGCAAAGGAAAAUGCUGUGCUCACGACAAAAUCGGUCACUUUACCUCCGUUUUUUACUUUUGAAAACACGCAAAUCAUAACUUUCGGCACCGGUCUCGAGUUUCAGUUACCAAAUGAAAAGUCACCAAAGUUUGGUCUACGGCGAGAGCAUUUCAAGUGGAAAGAUAUUAUACACGGAAAGGCCAAGCCAUCCGCUGUGGUUCUGCCCUGCAUAUUUGGUUCACAGCUUCAAGGUCCAGUUCUGCUGGCUACGGGAACGAUCCCCUCGAAUGUCCCAUUUCUCGGCGAAGGUGCUCUCCGGCAGUACUAUGAAAAUCUCAAUAGUAUCGUGUUUAUUGUGGACGACCGAAUGACUGAUAAUGCCCGCAACCUUGCAACCUCAUACCGAAUCAAUGCGCUCUUUAUCAUCCAGCUCAAUCCAGACACAGAACCCAAGAAUACCGACGAUAUCCUGUCGUUGCUCGAUUCAGCCAACAUUAAUGCGGUGACAGCACUUGCAGGGCCUCAAUCUUUAGUUCUAGUUCAAAUCUCCGACAAAUACUAUUUCUACAGAGGCCUUGCCAACCGAGCACGCCUUAAUACCUCCGGGUUAGCCUUUGGUUCAGAUGUGACAGCCAUUCUCGAGUCAGGAGGCAUGAACGGCAUGAUAGAUCCAAGGGCAAAGCGAGUAGUUGACCUUGACGAUUCAAAUACGAUUAUUUUCCCAAGUUCAGGACAGUUAGUCCAACCUCGCGAUCUCCAGAAGCUUUUCGAAGAGCUUCCAGUCGACAAAGUGCAAGACAUUCAAGAAGACAUAUCUGCAGCGGUUCCACAACUGCAGCUACUUUUGAACCACAAAGACCUGCAAGAGCUCUCCAAAGCCUUGGUCUCUACACUCUCAGAAAAGGUCGGCAAUAUAACUGCUCCAUUGCGGGACGCCUAUAUCACGUUCUUAGCAAAGGAAUACAGAGCUGAAGAUCGGGAAUCGGUGAAAAGGAAAAAUCUAUUGCUUGGAGAAUUGAGAAAGAGUACGAAGGAGUUGCAAAAGGUUCUGGAGCCCGCGAUUUCAAAUUUGGCCAACAUGAUGUCUUCUCAAACGACCUCGAAGCGAACGCACGACCUAAAGCGUCUUGUUCGCCAAGCCCAGAUUCAGGGUAAUGUUGAGGCUGCCAAGGCUAUGACUUUCGAUACUUUGGCCGGGUACCUUGAAACAUACGCGGCGGAUAUGGGUGUAAUGCUGUUGAAUAUUGAGACCGUGCAAUACCACCAGCUCUUGGGUAACUUGAAGAACGCGGCUAUUGAUGCUAGUACAUGUUGCGAGCUGGACUCCAGAGUGUUGUAUCUCGAAGGAUUCGAUGCCGGGAUCAUCAUAGAACAGUCGCAAAACAACCACGACGGUCCACUUCGAAGCCAGUCCGGGCCCUCUCAGCCAAUUUUAGCAGUACCAUACCUCAAUCAAGGAAUGGGAAUUGGGUCAAUGCUAGCCUGGGUUUGCUGGGAUGAGUUUGUCAAUCUCAAAAGUCCUUAUACGGUGAGAUGGAUGGAGAAGUGCAAUGAAGCACACAUUGCUGCGCUAAGGAUCAUGAUGAGAAGUACUCUCAGUCAAGCAGUAGCAUCUAGAGAGCAUUCUAUUCAACCCAGCAGCCCGGAAACUGGUCAUCUUAUGAGUGCGUUGUUGAUGGCAGCCAUGUCAAAACUUGCGGCGAUGCGGACAACUGCGCCUGUCGUGUUAGAGAAGGCUGAAGAUACUGUCACAAGGUUGAUGCGAGGACUCUUCGGCAAUUUAUUGACAACGGCAGGUUCUGGGGUUCGUCCUUUGAGCAUGGUCUGGCAGUUAUUUGGUGUGAAUCCGCAAUACGACAUUCCAACAAGCGAUGUUGACUGGAUUUGGUACGAGACCGUCGUUGCUCUUUACCCUUACACUGGCUGGCCUCUCGAGCAGUUUCACCAGAACCUAGAGAAGCUCCUUGACAAGGUCAUCGUCCGUGUGGUUACCAAGAACGAAAGCAUGGCUAAGAUUAAAGCAAACCGUGCAGCUGAAAUGGUCAAAUACUGCAAGCUGCGAAACAUUCAGCUCGACCAUUCUCGCACGAUCAUCACCAGUUUCAUGCGAAUGCUUACAACAGAGAACAUCGACAUCGCGGCAGUUGCAGCUCGUCUGUUACAGCAUCUCCCGCACACGUUGGAGAAGCAGACGCAAAGCUACACAAGGAUGAUCAGUUACCUAGAGCAUCUCGCCAAGGGGGGUCAGCGGCGUGUCAAAGACGAUCUUGUUGCCGCAAGCGUCUACACUAAACGCUCAGCUGUUUUUAGCGAACUCAAGACUCGGGUUUCAGACGCGUGUGUAAGCAAUGACUGGGCUAAGGUAAAGGAGUCUUGCCAAGCACUGGUGGACAAACAUGCCGAAAUCGCUGCUCUCUGGCACGUGUCUCCUGGAUCGCUGAAUGUGCAAAACAUGAAGGCGUACAAAGGACUUCUAGAUGCCGAUUUCGGAGACGGUGUCAGCGAAGAGACCACAGCCAUACACGAGCUAAGUAGACAAGUCCUCAAUGAUGCAGAGAAGCGCCGUAUUCCUUGGCAAGUUGGAAAAGAAGGUCAAUUCGGCGAUAACAUUGAGCCUCUCGAUGAGGCUUUUGUUCAUGAAAUUCUGACCGGAGAAAUGCUUCAACCUAUCUCCACCGCUGCCUCGAAUGAGCAAGAAUUGAUACCAGUCACAACGACAGCUCUUGAACAAAACACAGCCGAUGAAUUCUCCCAAUUCAAAUCGUCGCUGCAGCCUCGCUUCAUUGAUACAAUGCAAAAGAGCCUAUCUGCUGAAGAUGUCUGUGGAAUUCUCAAUGUUCCUGUCACCGCAAUGCGCGUUUUCAUUAAAGCUCUGAACCCGGAGUUUGUCUGGGAGGAUUUGGAGAAGAACUUCAAGGUGGUGAUUCUAGGGUUGUUAAAAAACCGAUCCAAUCGCGCAGAAAGCCGACCUGUUAAGAAGCUACUGGGGCUGGAUAGUGUGGAUAUUACGAUGCAGAUUGAGGGACACCCGGGUAAUCCAGAUAUGGCGUCCAAAUAUGCCAUCUAUCCAAGCUUGCGUGAUCGCGUCGUUGUUAUCAGCGGCGGCGCAACCGGAAUCGGGGCCUCGUUAGUAGAGCAUUUUGCUCUCCAGGGCAGCCAAGUAGUGUUUCUCGACAUUCAAGAUGCGGCCGCAGAGACACUUAUCGAGUCGCUAAAAACAAGAAAGCAACAAGAAGAACGAAUCGUCCACAUCCCUGAGUUCAUCCACUGCGACCUCACCGACAUCAACAACUCUCUGAAACCCGCCUGUGACCAGAUACUGCGCGAAAAGACAACGUUCCUGACGCCAGCGCUGAUCGCCAGUGGUGGCGUCGGGUCCGUGGUCAACAUGGGCAGCAUCACCUGGGCCGUCCCCGCGACGGGGCUUGUGCCGUAUACCACCAGUAAAGCGGCGAUUGUUGGCUUGACGCGGACGCUGGCGCAUGAACUCGGGCCUCACGGGGUGCGCGUGAACAGUAUCCUGCCCGGUGCCAUUGCGACCGAGAGGCAGAAGCAGGAGAUUCUGACCGAGGAAUAUCAGCAGUGGGUGUUCGGCAGACAGGCAUUGAAGAAGAUGUUGCAGCCGGACGAUGUGGCGCGAAUGGCGCUGUGGUUGGUAGCUGAUGAUAGCGAGAGCGUUACCAACCAGGGUUUGGUUGUGGAUGGGGGAGUCACUGCCAAUCUUGCAUCGUCAACAGAUGGCAGCUUCCUGUUUGGCGGAAAGCAUGGCAUCGGCAUUGCUCAGCGCGAUAGUAGUGAGUACAGGUAUAUCAAACGCUUCUGGAACGAUGAAGAAGUAGCAAAGGGAUACGAAAACAGUUUGCGCGCCAAUGAUGGCGCUGUCGAUAGCCAGGGUCGCUUUUGGGUCGGUACAGUGAACGAUCCGACUGUUACGGGCGGAAAAUUCGAUCCUGUUGGCGUUCUCUUUCGGCUCGACACUGAUGGCUCGCUUCACCGAAUGCUUGAAGGCGUCACGGUUCCAAACGGCCUUUCGUGGAGUUUGGACGACAAGACCAUGUAUUGGACGGACUCCCCUACAGGAAAUAUCUAUGCAUUUGACUUUGAUGCCUCAACGGGAAAUAUCACCUCUCAAAGGGUCUUUUGGCACUCCGAGGACGGUCUGCCUGACGGACAUGCCAUGGACGAAGAAGGGAAUCUAUGGGUAGCCGUCUGGGGUGCUUGGAAGGUUGUCAAGGUUUCACCAGCAGGAAAAAUAACGGCGGAAAUAGAGGUGCCGACAAGAUGUCCUACGGCUGUUGCAUUCGCUGGCGAAGAUGUCUACAUCACUAGUGAAGAAGAUCCCGAAGCAGACAAAUAUCCGGAGUCUGGGAAAUGGCACGGAGGUGUUUUCAAGUGCCAUGUUGGCGUCAAAGGAAGGAAACUUUAUGUCGCGAAGGUUCAGUAG